AUGUUAGGGCUGUGGUGGUUGAUGAAGCACAUUGCAUCAUUGAGUGGUAAAUUAUGAUUAUCAUUACUUUUUGUUGUUGUUUUUCUCUGUUUGAUCAUUUUGUUAAUACUUUUAAGGUUAUAAGCUUCCUUCAUGUUAGGGCUAAAAAUGGCCCCUACACCUAUUGUUAAGUUCCUGUUUCCUAGACUCAAAUUUUUGGGUUACAUGAUCACUUUUGUCACCUCACACCAGAGAGGAUUUAACAUAAACUUAGUUUUGUAGUCAGUCAACCUUAGUUGCUGCUUUAUGAAGAUUUCACAAAGUUUAUGAAUUCAAUGUUCUCACACCGGGAUCCAACUUUACAAUGAAACUCAAAGUUUACUAUGUGUAUUUACUUUGCAAGGACACAGUGAGCUGUUUCUAUUCUUAUCAUUGCGGUAAUGAUAUUUAUUGCCUUAUGCAAUGUACAUGCUAGGUCAACUAAAUAAAAAGGUUUUAUUAUGUCCAAAAGCAGUUAUCUUGGUAUUUCAAUUGCUUCUGAUCGGUGCAUUGAUCAAAUCACUAAAAAACUAAUAGUCAUAGACCUGUUGUGCUUGUAGACUUUGUUUUCUCAAUGUGUAAAAUUUUGAUGCUCUCAAGAGGUAUCAUGUGAUGGGUUUUCUUAAAUUUAAUGCCCAUCUUUAAAAUUUGAAAGAAACAGUUCGGUUCUCCAAGUAUGAUCAAAUGACUUAUAUUAAGGCAACAAAGCACACAAGCAAAGAAGUCUUUCGAAGGUACAAAUAACUGUUUGGGUUCAUUUAAGUAGCAACUCGAUACUUAUCUUCACCAUUUGUUUUCCAGUGCAUAUCUGUGGCCAGUUCAAAUUGAAUGUCAUUCAUUUGUAGUGCAACUGUGUGUCCUCCUUUCACACUAGUAUGAAUCUCUAACUUCCCCAAGUAUUCCAUUACCAUGUUGUUUAACAGCGACAGUGAAUGUUUGAAACACACUAUAAUCUAACUUUAAGUUAAUGACCCAAGUCCAUGACAGAAAGCUUGUGGGAAAUUAAAGUAAAAAUUAUGUUCAAAGCAAUAUGACUGGGAAUUCUAAAAUAAUUUGUUGUCCAAAACUUUAAAAAAUAUGUCACUCUUAGAGCUGCUAAAUUCCUGGAUGAUGCCAUUUUGCUGACCUUGAGCAGCUUGCAUUAAUAUUGGCAUGAAUGUUAUGUGAUAAAUAUUAUUUUAUUGAUGUUAAGCAGGCUAAAAAAAAUAUUUUCAGUUACAUCACAUACUAAUGACAGAAAAGUGAACCUUGAACCUUUAAGUCCCAAUAAUGACCUCCAAUCAAGCAGAGGCCAAGAGUGGCUAAGCUUCUUGAUAUUUCAGCAACCUCUGUAUAGCACUCUAGGAAAAAUGUACACCUAAGAGCAGUUAAGGGAAAUUUCAUCACUGGGGCUUAAAGGGUGAAAAGCCAAUAUAACUACAUGGCCAUAUUGUUACUAAUAACAAAGUUAUUGCAGCCUUUUUCUUCUUAAUUCGACCCUACUAUAACGGCUUAGUUACUUGAAAAUCCCCUUUCAUGUAGUCAUUAUCCGUAAUUCCUGUGGCCAAAUUCUCUUAUUCUAGUGGCAAGUAUAACAGCAGUUGAGUGUAUCACUACAGCAUUUUUACUUCGUGUUUUAUUGUUUAGGGGGCAUACCUUCAGAGAAGACUAUAGAAAACUAGGAACACUUUCCUCAGUAUUCCCCACAGCUAAGAUUGUUGCCAUGACAGCAACAGCAACAAAGGAAUAUCAAACAAGCAUUAUGAAAUGUCUGAACAUGAAAGAUCCCAAACUUGUAAUUACAAAUCCUGACAGGCCUAAUAUUUUUAUGAAGUACAGCAAAGGCCAUCCUAUCUUAAACAAAGUAACAUUAAGCAGUUUGAAGAAAUUCUUUCACCCAUAGCAGAUGAACUCGUUAUUGCCAAUAUUAAAAUGCCUGUUACUAUUAUUUACUCAUCAUUAGAAAUGUGUGGAGUUGGGUAUGCCUUUUUGGAGAGAAAGCUUGGGGAUCACCAGUUCUACCCUAUUGGGGCUCCCCAAAUUCCUCAAAACAGGCUUUUUGCUCAAUUUCACUCGCCACAGGCAGACAAAAUGAAAUUUCAGAGUCAUGCAAACAGAGAGUAAUAUUUGCUACAGUGGCAUUUGGCAUGGGGGUCGCCUCUUCUUGUGUUGAAAGGAUAAUCCAUUUUGGUGUGCCCCGAACUAUGGACAGUGGGUUAGCUGGAAGAGAUGGGAGACCUGCCACAUCAACUCUUUACUUCAACAACAAUGAUAUUGGUGCAAAUGUUGAAGGAAUGCAACCUAUUAUGAGAGAUUACUGUGAAAACCCUCAAAAUGUCUGCAGAAGAAAAAUUGUGCUUAGCCACUUUGGUUUUGGCAUUCCAAGUCUUCGAGACAAACACAGCUGCUGUAACAUAUGUCGAACUGACUGUGAGUGCUCUGAAUGUGUUGAGCUACAUCAAGAUGUUUUGGCCGUUGAAAACAUUCACAUCCCUGAUAAUGAAUUUCUUUUGUCUGGAAAACAGGUGGAAGAUAUAAAAUCAGAGCUUAUAAAAUACAAAGAAGAAAUUGAGACCAGCGAUAACUAUUUGAAUUUAAGUAUGUGUUCAGGAUUAACAAUGACAGUAACUGAUGAUGUUUGUUCAACACUUCAAGAACUCUGUUCUCUUGACAGAAUUAUGGAAAAACUACCGGUUUGGAGAAAAGAACAUGCAGAAAAGAUU